AUGCCGAAGCUAUGUCCACUCUGCGGCCCGAUGGCCUCCGCAUUUUGUAUGGUGAUGUCCGUGUGGGGCGUCAUUUUCCUUGGGCUGCUCGGCGUCUUCUUCUACUUGCAGGCAGUGACGCUCUUCCCCGACAUCCACUUUGAAAUGACGAAGGGCGCCACAUCGUUCCCCGUCAAGGAUAUCGAAGAAAAGUACAACGACAAAGCAAUCCAGUGCUGGAUCGCGGCGGGCAUGUAUGCUGUCACACUGGUCAUCGUCUUCUGGCAGAACAAGUUCAACUCCUCGAGCGCAAUC